CACUCCAUAGUACAGACUUCGCAGCAGCUAUCAAACAUAUUUAUCCUAAUAAUCUAGCUCAUCAUGAAGACAUCUGUCAUUGCUUCCCUCUUCGCCUCUUGCGCUUUGGCGCAAGUCCUUACCGUCAACCAACUGAAUACGGAGCUUGCCAAGAUCUGCCAGGGAAAGCAGCCUGGUGAUGCUUGCAACUGGAACUACAGCUAUUCCUUCCCAGCAUACCCCGGACCAGGCACCACGAUCCAGACCUGCAAGGCCACAACUUUCUGCAAUUGUGGUAACAGCCCAAAAGUCUGCACAGUUGGAAGUCCUGAAUAUCAACAGAACACCCUGAUAUGCCAGACGCCUCCCGCCAGUGCUUGCACCAAGAGGACAAUUUCUUGAAUACUUGAUGGGCUGUCAAGACGAGUUGGAAGUCAAUCAAAGGCCGUGCUGUGCAUCCUCGUGUCAGCCUUACGUAGUAGUUUAUAAAUCUAGACAAAUGGACCA